AUGGAGGGCGCAAUGGCAGUGCGGGUGACGGCCGCGCAUACGGCAGAAGCCCGGGCCGAAGCCAGGAGGGAAGCGGGCGAGGGCGGGGUCGAGGCGGCGGCGGCGGCGGCCUUGGCCCCUGGCGGCUUCCUCGGCCUCCCGGCGCCCUUUAGCGAGGAAGAUGAGGACGAUGUGCAUAGAUGCGGCCGCUGCCAGGCGGAGUUUACUGCUCUGGAGGACUUUGUUCAGCACAAGCUCCAGAAGGUCUGCCAGCGGGCUCCCCAGGAGGCCUUGCCUGCCACCCCUGCGGCUGCUGCGCUGCUGGGUCAGGAGGUGGUCCCGGCCGUGGCAAGUCCGGAGGAGCCCAUCACUUUGGCCCACAUUGUGGUGGAGGCAGCCGCUCUGACACCGGACAUCAGCCACACGCCUGAUAUUGUUGACAAUGGGCACAUCAAAGAGGUCAUUGUGGCUGCUGAGGUGGAUCCAGACGACAAUGAGAUGGCGGAGGCCUCAGGCAGCCCUGAGCAUCAGGGGCCUGGGCUGGCCGGGCAGGGGGAACAGGCCCAGCUCAAGCUGCUGGUGAACGAGGAUGGCCGCUACGUGUGCGCGUUGUGUCACAAGACCUUCAAGACGGGUAGCAUCCUCAAGGCCCACAUGGUCACCCACAGCAGUCGUAAGGACCACGAGUGCAAGCUGUGCGGGGCCUCCUUCCGGACCAAGGGCUCGCUCAUCCGGCACCACCGGCGGCACACAGAUGAGCGUCCCUAUAAGUGUGCCAAGUGCGGAAAGAGCUUCCGGGAGUCAGGGGCACUGACCCGGCACCUCAAGUCUCUCACCCCGUGCACCGAGAAGAUCCGAUUCUCCAUGAGCAAGGACGCGGUUGUUGGCAAAGAGGACGCGCGUGCAGGGCCCGGAGCCUCCGCCAUGGGGACCGUUCCAUCGUCACCGGCGAUAGGAGAGCCCAUGGAGACGUCGCCCGUGAUCCAUCUGGUGACGGAUGCCAAGGGCACUGUCAUUCAUGAAGUCCAUGUCCAGAUGCAAGAGCUUCCCCUGGGCAUGAAAGCCCUUACUCCAGAGCCCCCUGCUCCCAAGGAGCGUCCCUGUUCCGGCGAGGACAGUCGGGAGAACCUGCUGCACCAGGCCAUGCAGAACUCUGGCAUUGUCCUUGAGCGGGUCACUGGGGAGGAGGGGGCCCUGGAACCAGUCCCUCCCGCUGCGUCCAGUGCCCAGCCCCUAGGAGAUGGUCCCCCAGGACUGCCGCUGCUGGAGGUGGAGCAGGUGGAGACACAGGUGGCCAGUGAAGCCUCAGCAGUAGCCAGGACCCACCUGUGCCCUCAGUGCAGUGAAACCUUCCCGACAGCUGCCACCCUAGAGGCCCACCGAAGGAGCCACGCAGGGCCGAAGCUGUUCACGUGUGUGCAGUGUGGCAAGGCCUUCCCCAAGGCCUACCUGCUCAGGAAGCACCAGGAGGUCCACGUGCACGAGCGCCGCUUCCGCUGUGGGGACUGUGGGAAGCUCUACAAGACCAUCGCUCACGUCCGCGGCCACCGGCGCGUCCACUCAGACGAGCGGCCCUACCCUUGUCCCGAGUGUGGCAAGCGCUACAAGACCAAGAAUGCCCAGCAGGUUCACUUCCGGACGCACCUGGAGGAGAAGCCGCACGUGUGCCCGUACUGCAGCCGUGGCUUCCGGGAGAAGGGCUCGCUGGUGCGGCACGUCCGCCACCACACGGGCGAGAAGCCCUUCAAGUGCUACAAGUGCGGCCGCGGCUUCGCCGAGCACGGCACGCUCAACCGGCACCUGCGCACCAAAGGGGGCUGCCUGCUGGAGGUGGAGGAGCUGCUGGUGUCCGAGGAGAGCCCCACAGCAGCUGCCGCUGUCCUGGACGAAGACCCGCACACCGUGCUGGUUGAGUUCUCGUCCGUGGUGGCCGACACCCAGGAGUACAUCAUUGAGGCCACCACGGAUGACGCGGAGACCAGUGAAGCUACAGAGAUCAUCGAGGGCACCCAGACGGAGGUGGACAGCCACAUCAUGAAGGUGGUGCAGCAGAUCGUACACCAGGCCAGCGCCGGGCACCAAAUCAUCGUGCAGAAUGUGACCAUGGACCAGGAGGCGGGGCUAGGUCCGGAAGCAGCUGCUGCGGACACCAUUACCAUUGCCACCCCCGAAAGCCUGACAGAGCAGGUGGCCAUGACGCUGGCUUCAGCCAUCAGCGAGGGCACUGUGCUUACUGCCCGUGCGGGUGCAAACGGCACCGAACAGGCUACGGUGACCAUGGUUUCGUCGGAGGACAUUGAGAUCCUGGAGCAUGCGGGCGAGCUGGUCAUCGCCUCGCCAGAGGGCCAGCUCGAGGUGCAGACUGUCAUCGUCUAG